AUGCCGGCUCGGUGCGCGGCCCCCAGCCCGCGGCGCUGGAAUAAAUCAGCUCUGGAGCUGAAUGGCGUUUGGGGGGCGGAUAAAAAAAGGGACGCCUGGAAAAACGUCCCGACCUACAAAUCACCCGGCCAAAUUAUGAGUUCAUUGUAUUAUGCGAACGCUUUAUUUUCUAAAUAUCAAGCCGCAAGUUCGGUUUUCCCAUCCGGAGUCUUCCCCGAGCAAACUUCUUGCGCUUUCGCCUCCAACAGCCAACGCGCGGGCUAUGGGGCCGCAUCCACGCCUCCCUUCGCCGCCUCCAUGCCCGGCCUCUACUCCGGGGGCAGCUCCGUGCACCCGCAGCCCCCCAGCGUGUACCCCUCGGGCUACGGGCUGGAGCCCGGCUCCUUCAACAUGCACUGCUCGCCCUUCGAGCAGAGCCUGCCCGUGAUGUGCCCGCCGGACGCCUCCAAGCAGAGCUGCGGCAAAGCGGAGCAGAGGGACCCGGAGCUGCCCGGCGACAGCAACUUCCGAAUCUACCCCUGGAUGAGGAGCACAGGGACGGACAGAAAGCGCGGCCGACAGACCUACACGCGCUACCAGACGCUGGAGCUGGAGAAGGAAUUUCACUACAACCGCUACCUGACCCGGCGGCGCCGCAUCGAGAUCGCCCACGCGCUGUGCCUGAGCGAGCGCCAGAUCAAAAUCUGGUUCCAGAACCGCCGCAUGAAGUGGAAAAAGGAGAACAAAAGCGCCUGCCCCGGCUCCGCAGCGCAGGAAAAGGCAGAGGCCGAGGAGGAUGAGGAGGAGUGA